AUGUUCCUCUUCUCCAAAAAACACAAGACCCCCAUCAGCACUUACACUGACUCCUACCGCCCACCAUGCUCCGUCAAAAAGACCAUCCAAGACCAGGGUCCCCAGCAGGUCUGGAAAGAAAACAAGUUUGUGACACAGGGAUUAACGAUGCUCCCGGUGCAAAAUCUGGGAAGCCAAGGUCAGCCCGAGCAGACAAUUAAGAAGUACAACAUAGUUUUUGUCAACGAGGACCUCAAUCAAUCUGGUAACUACCCUCGCCCUGCCUCUCCUGUGUACACUGUGAUGGGGAGGGGACUCUUCCAGGGCUACUACAGCCCCUGCUCUGGGCGCCACUACUGCCUGUGAGGGAUGGACUACUAUAUCGAUAGGGCCCCUGCCAUCAGAAGGCAUCUCCACAUGCUAGCAGAGAGGACU